UAAACGCUCCACAGAUCGUGGUGCAUGCCUGACUCUGGUCCGCGAUUUAGAGUUUACGCGUGGGAAAUAAUAUUCGAACAAUUAAUGUUUUAAGAUUGUGAAUAAUUAUUGUGUUAAGUGUAUUAUAGUGGACUGUGAUUAUUGUUAUAAACAAAGGGAUGGCGAUCUUCGUGUCUUACAAAGCGGAAUUUGUUUAAAACGAUCCAAAACUUUUAUACAAAAAAUGUGACCAAAAUGGCGCUUACAAGAAUAUCCCUCGGUAUAUUAUUCGCCCUAAUUAAUUUUACAUCAUCAGACAUUCAACUAAAUGAAACUUAUAUCAAAGACCUGGACAGUUUGAUAAGUGAGAAGGUCAUAGACACGGUGAUAUCGGAUAGUUUUAAAAUAAGAAAAUUAAAGGCUAUCAAUGAUAUAAGGAAGAUACAUAUUAACACAACAGAGGAAUCAAAUGUAGAAAGUACUGAGGAUGAAAUAGAAGACACGACCAUUUACUAUGAAUACAAUAGUUCAGAGGUAUGUGUUGGCGAACCAGACUACUGUAAUAUGACAAGGGAGGCGUAUUUUCGAAUGAUUUACGAUUAUAUAUACCCUCAAACAUAUGAAUGGGUGUUGAUAGCGACAAAUGCAAUAGUAUUUGUCAUUGGUUUGAUAGGGAACGCGUUAGUUUGUAUCGCGGUGUACAGGAAUCACUCAAUGAGGACUGUGACGAAUUAUUUCAUAGUGAAUCUAGCGGUGGCUGAUUUUAUGGUGAUUUUGAUUUGUCUGCCUCCAACGGUGUUGUGGGAUGUGACGGAGACGUGGUUCUUUGGCACUGCUAUGUGCAGAAUUGUUCUGUACUUUCAGUCAGUAUCGGUGACGGUGUCAGUUUUGACAUUGACAUUCAUCUCGGUUGACCGCUGGUACGCCAUUUGCUUCCCGCUUAAAUUCAAGUCCACCACAAGCCGAGCGAAGACCGCCAUCUUGAUUAUAUGGGUGCUGUCUUUAUCAUUCAAUAUACCAGAGUUUGUGGUUCUACAAGUGGAACGCCGAAUGCAAUUGCGCUUCGACGCUCAGUUCUUUAUGCAGUGCUCGCCGACUUGGUCAGACGAAAGUGACCUUACCUGGCAUAUCAUAAAGGCUCUAUUUCUUUACACAUUCCCUCUUCUGCUGAUGAUGAUAGCCUAUUGCCAGAUUGUGAGAGUCCUCUGGAGGUCAGAUAACAUUCCUGGACAUACAGAGUCACAUAAGCUUUGUCCUGGACAGAAUAAUUGGCUAGCAGCUAACAGACGCACCACGCCGUCAAUUCACACAAAUGCUUCAACUGAAGGUCAACUCCGUUCUCGACGCAAGGCUGCCAAGAUGCUGGUAGCUGUCGUAAUUAUGUUUGCCGUCUGCUACUUCCCUGUUCAUCUCGUAUCGGUCCUGAGAGUGGCAUACGACGUGAGGCAGAGCGACAUCAUGACCUGUAUUGCUCUCAUCUCGCAUGUGAUGUGCUACGCAAACUCAGCUGUCAACCCGCUGAUUUACAACUUUAUGAGUGGUAAAUUCAGACGCGAGUUCCACCGUUCCUACUUCAAAUGCUGCUGCUGCCUGCCACCGCCAGAGCAGAACGUAUCGUUCGCCCCCAUCGGCAGCUCAAGAGCGGGCACCACACGAACUGUCGUACGAAGGAACGACUCCUGCGCGAGCUACCGUCUAACUCACCUCUCGCCUUCGAAUAACAUUCACCGCGAUCUGCGAAACACAAACACGUCCUUCAUCGAACAUAUGAAUGGAAAUAGACGGCUCAAGGUACGUGAUGAUUCGAUCAGUGAAUCAGCUCGAUUUACAUUGACAACAGAUGUCAUAGAAUGACAGAAUUAUAAUGAACGAAGAGAAUGCCAUUGUUUUAAGAGAAAUGAUGAAAGAUACAGUGACACCGACCAUCGUAAUGAUAUAACUGAAUUGGAGAGGUCUAAGUGUAAUCGUAGUUUAAAUUACCAGCGAAGGUAGAUAAUGUCUUAACGUCAAUUUAUGGAGUGGAGAACUUAAUUUCGAUAAUCGAGUUUGAUUGCCAACACAUUUCACUCAGCGAUUGUCCGAAGACAUGUCAACCAAUGAUUUUCUAACUGAACUCCAUUAUUGUCAGUUACAGAAGAAGAGAAGGCGGGCGGUAAAUAUUUUUUUAUUUAAAAAUAAAUAUUUUUUGAACAAAUAAAAUAUAAUUUCUAAAUGUGAAAGCUAUAGUAUUGAUAAGUGCAAUAUCAUCAUAUAUUUGGACAAAUAAAUAUAUUUAAAUAUAUGUUAUACAAAGUAUUUACAAACUAGGUGUAAUGAGUCGAUGGUUCCAGGUUCGUUUAAGGUUAUUUAUAAUUUGGAAGUCCUAAACCAGACAAAAACACUGCGGUUCUCUUAUAUUAUAAAUAUUUAUUGAAAUAUUCUUAAUUAAUGAAUGUUACAAAUAAUCUUAGUUUUAAUUGCUAUCAAAGAGUAUAAUGUAAAUAUAU